GAAUAUAAUAAAACGCGUAGGAGAGGAUAGGAGAUCGAAGAGAUAACAAGCCUGUCUGAUCUGAUACAGCAGCUGCCCAGGAAAAGAGAGAGGACAUGGUCGAAGCACUGCUCACUGUCUUUGUUACUGGAAUCACUGGUUUGGCCUUGUGGUACUCCUACUUCAUCCUCUGGAUCCGGCCACAAAGGUUGAGGGACAAGCUGAGGAGCCAGGGAAUCCAUGGCCCUCCCCCUUCCUUCCUCCAUGGAAACAUACCGGAGAUGAGGAGCAUCCUCCAUGAACACAAGCUGAAGCAAGCUCAAGCAGAGGGCAGUGUCAGCCUUACUGCCGACUACUCCUCCUCCCUCUUUCCUUACCUUUCCUACUGGAAAAAGAAAUAUGGUCCCAUCUUUAUGUUCUCAACGGGGAGCAUCCAGAUAUUGCAUGUGACCCAUCCUGAUCUUGUUAAGGAGAUAGGCCUCUGCAAGUCCAUGGAUUUGGGGAAGCCUUCCUACUUACAGAAGGACCGUGGAGCUCUUCUUGGUAAAGGCAUCUUGACGUCCAAUGGAGCUCUCUGGUCUCAUCAGAGGAAGGUUAUUGCGCCAGAGUUGUUCAUGGACAAGGUCAAGGGCAUGGUUGGCUUAAUGGUAGAAGCAGCUCUUCUGUUGUCGAAUUCGUGGGGAACACUUCUUGAACACUCAGGAGAUGCCACUGAAAUAGUAGUUGAUGAGGAACUGAGAAGGUUUUCAGCUGAUGUGGUCUCGAGAGCUUGUUUUGGAAGCAGUUUUGCCGAUGGCAAGGAAAUAUUUUCUCGGCUUCGCAAGCUUCAGAUGGUAAUGUCCAAGUCAAGCAUGCUGAUUGGAAUCCCAGGAUUAAGCAUUGUCAACAGGUACCUGCCACUGAAAAGAAAUCGCGAAGAAUGGAAGUUGAAUCGAGAGAUAAGGGCACUGAUCUCGAAUAUAGUUAAGGAACGCAUGGAGCAUUCCUCGGAAUCGCCUGCAAAAGAUCUAUUACAGUCUAUCAUUGAGGGUGGUUCCGCUAUCAUGAAUUCCGAUCUUGGUUCUGCAGAAACCUUCAUUGUUGACAAUUGCAAGAACUUGUACUUUGCUGGUCAUGAGACCGUAUCAGUGACUGCUACAUGGUGCUUGAUGUUGCUCGCUUCGCAUCCUCAGUGGCAAGACUCUGUCCGCGACGAGGUGUUGGAGGUUUGUCAAGGAAGAAAGAUCGAUUUCGACAUGAUUCGCAAGUUGAAAGUGCUUACAAUGGUGAUCCAAGAGACACUGCGGCUAUUUCCUCCAUCUGCAUCUGUGGUGAGGGAGACACUUCAGAGUGUUAAACUUGGAGACAUUCAGCUGCCAAAAGGCAUCACUACCUCGACCACAAUAUCGAUGCUGCAUCACGAUCACGACAAUUGGGGAGCUGAUGCGGAUGAGUUCAACCCCAGUAGAUUCUCCCGCGGCAUUGCUAGUGCUUGCAGAUUGCCUCACACCUACCUACCAUUUGGUAUAGGAAUGAGAACAUGUUUAGGGCAGAACUUUGCCAUGGUAGAGCUCAAAGUACUGCUCUCCUCACUUCUUCCUCGGUUCACCUUCUCUUUGUCACCAAGUUACCGGCAUUCACCUGCGUUUCGACUAACUAUAGAGCCCGAGUUCGGAGUCCCACUCAUCGUGAAGCAGCUACGAUAGUGUGUCACAAGGCACAUGCAAAUCAGCAAUGAUUGCACUAACGGAGGAGCCCAACAUUUGUGCAUUCACUUGGAGAAGUGCAAAGUUCAUCAGAAAAAACAACCUUUUCCGCAACACUAUCACCAAUUUUUAGUUAAUUCCAUCCCCUUUCAGCCUUUCUAUUGAAGUACACUACUAUUUUCAUCCUAUUACAUCAAGCAUCCAACCUCAUUUUAGUGCCUAUUUCUAUGGAAAUGUCAAAUGAAUCAUUGACAUUCACAAUCCAACACAGCCAAUCCAUAUUGGAAUUGGCCUAGAUUGCAAACCAUGUAAUAAUAUAUUGAUAUGAUUUGUUGUGAUAUAAAAUUUUCCCUAAAAUAUUUUUUUUAUCAUAUUUCAAAGGAUUCAAUACUCUGACAUAACAAUAUUGAUUGGCAUAUAAUCUGGGACAACACUUAACUAGUUUCCAAGUUAAUUUAACAAAAAGAGGUUUACUGACUCGUUAGUGUAGUAC